CGACAGACGCAGCCGACCAUGGCCUUCCCAGGAGUGUGGAGCUUCUUUGUUGUGAUACUUGUUCACUGUGUAAAAAGUGGUCGUCCACCACCUUGUGACAGUGAAAUAUACUGCACAGGGGAUGUACUGCGGCAGGUACAAAUGGCAAAAUUGUUUGACGAUGACAAGUACUUUGUGGAUAUGAAGAUGAGAGUAUCUCCUGACAUUGUCCUGUUGGCUUUUCAUAAUCUUACUCAAAAGGCUCCGAAUAUGACUGUAGUGCCCUCAAAACUACGAGAGUUCCUUAUAAUGUAUUUUGAAGAACCAGGAAAAGAGUUUGAGCCAUGGAAUCCACCAGACUGGCAUGAGAAGGCACAGUUUCUGGACAAAGUAGCAGACAAGAAACUGCAUGACUGGGCAAAAAAGUUGCAUCAGCUGUGGAAGUCUCUUGGACGAAAGAUCCGCCCUGAUGUAAGGGAUCACCCCGAGCUGUACUCCCAGAUCUACACCCCCCACCCUGUCAUUGUGCCAGGAGGCCGCUUCAGGGAGCUCUACUACUGGGAUUCCUACUGGGUGAUCAAUGGCCUACUUCUGUCUGGGAUGAUAGACACAGCCCGGGGUAUGAUCCAAAACUUCGCCUACCUCGUCAACAGAUAUGGUUUUAUUCCAAAUGGUGGGAGGAUUUAUUAUGAGCGCCGCAGCCAGCCUCCUUUCUUUUGUCUCAUGGUCGAGAGUUACUAUCAAGCCACGAAGAAUGACAGUUUCCUCAGAACAGUCAUGCCAGCUUUGGAUCAGGAGUACCGCUUCUGGAUGCAGAAUCGUUCUGUCACAGUUGAAACCAAUGGGAAAAAGCAUGUUCUUAACCGGUUUAAUGUGCUGGUAGACCUACCAAGACCCGAGUCCUACUCAGAUGAUAUUGAGCUGGCUGCAGGUCUUACAGAAGAUGCUGAGGAGAGGCUGUUCGCAGAACUGAACACAGGUGCCGAGUCUGGCUGGGAUUUCUCUCACCGCUGGUACAUAGACAGCCACGGAAAUAACAACGGCUCCCUCAGAGACAUCCAGACAAGCCAGAUCCUCCCCGCGGACCUCAACGCUCUGCUCUAUCGCAAUGAGAGGACACUCGCCUCCUUUCACCACAUACUGGGGGAUUCUUCUACAGCUGCACAGUAUAACCUCGCUGCAGAAAGAAGGGUGGAGGCUGUCGAGGCUUUGCUUUGGAAUGAAGAGAAAGGAGCAUGGUUUGACUAUAAUUUGAGGACAAACUCGACUCACACAGGCUUUUAUGCUUCCAACCUGGCUCCUAUUUGGGCGCAGUGCUACAAACAGCCUGCUAUGGGAGACAAGGCUUUGCAGUACCUGAAGGAGAGUGGUGCUUCUCUGUUUGCCAAUGGAGUCCCCACAUCACUGCAGGAUAGUGGGCAGCAGUGGGACUACCCCAAUGCCUGGCCCCCACUGCAGCAUAUGCUUAUUGAGGGUUUGUCAAAAUUACCCUCUGUAGAAGCCAAAGAAAUGGCUUUUGAGCUGGCCCAGAAGUGGAUCAAAACCAAUUGGGUAGCUUACGACAAGUAUGAGGCCAUGUUUGAGAAGUAUGACGUCAAUGGGGAUGGCAAGCCUGGUGGAGGUGGGGAAUAUGAGGUUCAGCUUGGAUUUGGCUGGACCAAUGGGGUGGCACUGCAGCUGCUGGACCAGUAUGGGGAUCGUCUCACUAUAGGAAGUGGUUUCACAGCUUUGUCUUCUAACUUCACAUGGCUGUUGUCUCUGCUCUUCUGUGCCUGGCUCAUAGUACACUGAAGCACAACUGUGUGGGAAGAGAGAAGGUUGAUUGGAGGUGGGUGACACAGUGCAAGAAUAUCUCACGCAUUGCACCUCAUUCUGCACUGUGCCUCAUCCGGCACCUUUAAUGCUGGGAUGUAAUCUGGCCUGGAGCCCUCAAUCAGAAACCUAGUCCCUUUAGAGGGCAGAUUAAGGCUGAGAGACUUAGAAAAGAUUUCAACUUUUUACUUUCAGCCACGGAUUCGAUAUUGUGCCUUAUUUCUAGUAUUAUUAUUUUUUCAGAAUGUGAUUUAAGAUGAAUUUCCUUCCAGGAUUCCUUUUGAUGAAUGUUUUAGCAUACUUCACAGCAUCUGCACUGGGGUUAAUGAUUUCUGAACUGUACAGUGAAGAGAUGAAGAUCACUGAAGCAAUGUAUUUCCCUUCCUAACGAAGUGUCUCUGCUGCAUUACUUCACAGGAUUAUCCUGCCUGCUGAUAUUGAACUGACAUUACAAACAGUAAUUCACUU